AUGGCUUUUGAAAACGUCGACGCUUUAGAGAUUAUGUUCAAGCAGCAGCUUUGCUCGUCCGACUAUUCUGUCGUCUUUCUUGUUCUUCUCCGGAGCCAGACUUGCAUUAUGAAGGUGCGCCAUGGACCGGGGGUCCUCGACGGGUUUACGAACCGAAGGGUCGUGAGCUGGAUAUCCACGUACCUGAGUCUACAGCAUAUCAUCGACUUAAGGAGCAAGGGCUAUGCGAUCGUGGAAUUGUGGCCCCAGUUCUUGGGGACUCUAGAAAAGUUCGACCCAAGGCAAUGCCAGCCUUUCCGAAAGGCAUUUAUUGAGGACCAAUCUCUCCCAAGUGCAAUCUUUCUGGCGUACAUUCCAAACCUGGACAUGCCCAACUUGCAGAACUGUACUGAGAAAAGGCUCGAGGCUCUUGUUAGAGGUGUUCGGGAGAUUCAUGAAGCCUCAGUACGACAUCGAGACCCGAAGCCAAGGAACAUUAUGGUUAUCAACGACGACCCAGACAGAGUUGUCUGGGUUGACGUUGACCGUGCGGAAACUUACAACAAAAAGCAACUCACCGACAGGCAAAAGGACUUUCUGGAUGAGGAGGAAAUAAUGGUUCGUGAAUUCAGAAAUGGUCUUGUGAGUCCGCUUAUGCCAUUCAUCUUUCGUCCAGUAGAAGUUUUUGCCCAGUAUAUCUUUGUGUCAGUGAUGCGGCAUUGA